GUCCACUUUUUUUUCAACGUCGUAAUGAAUACCUGCCUCACAUAUCUGAUUCGACUCAUUUGAAAGUCCCUCGUACUCCAAGGUUUAUAUUAUCUUUUCCCUUUCGGUCGUGAUGCCACCGCCCCGUGGAACACCCAACAUAUUGGAAGGACCUGGCGACUACGAUGUGACGUCGAUUAUUCACAGUGAGUCCUAUCCUGCGAUAGACUCUCGACAGUUCGACUUCUCGGGCAAAGCUAUUUUCGUUACUGGGGCCUCGCGAGGGCUCGGCUGUGCAAUGGUACUUUCAUUUGUUCGAGCAGGCGCUUCUUUUAUUGCUGCUGGUGCUCGAUCCGACAUGUCCCAUCUGGCCAAAGAUGUAGCCACCACGGCAGAGUCCACGAAUCGAGAAGCUCCCAAAUUUUUGGCAGUCAACCUUAAUGUAGCCGACCCGAAAAGCGUCGAGGACGCUGCUGCCCUUGUUGAGCGCGAGUUUGGUAGAAUUGAUAUUGUCAUCAACAAUGCGGGUCUACUCGGCUCUCAUGGGGGCAUCACUGAUACUGAUCCUGAAGAGUGGUGGAAUAUUAUGAGCGUCAACCUUCGCGGCCCAUAUCUCGUUGCUCGAUCAUUUCUACCCAUGCUAGUAAAGAGCCCAAAUCCAUAUAUCAUUCAGGUCACUAGUGUAGCAGCUCAUUUACUAAACCCAACAUUGACCGCAUAUCAAACAUCAAAAGCAUCAUUAUUACGAUUUACCCAGCUUAUUGAUGCUGAGUACGGUAAACAAGGUGUGACCGCAUUUGCCAUUCAUCCAGGGAAUUGUCCCACAGACAUGAUGGGUGGACCGGGUGGAUUGCAUGAUUUUGAGAAGCACAUUUUUGUUGAUUCCUCAGAUUUGAGUGCAGACACCAUUGCUUUCCUCACUGCGGAGAAGCGCCAGUGGCUCGGUGGACGCUACAUCAACGUGACAUGGGAUAUGCCCGAAUUGGUAGCGAAGAAGGACGACAUCGUUCAAGGAGACAAGCUCAAAAAUAGAUUUGUAUUUUAAGUGGGCGGCAUACAUUGAAAUAAAUCUUGAUCCCGCAU